UACUCUUCCACCAUGGCGGAACAGGAAACAGUUUUCCUCGAUCAAAUGACUUUGCUGCAGCUUGUCGUCUAGUGGCUCGACAACAACAAUCCUAACCAAAAGCAAGCUUGCUUUUAACUUUCAAGGAGAGUGGAGGAACUUUACUUGAACGUUUUAGAAGCAGACGUCAAAAUAGUUUUAUUCGUUAACUCUUAAUUACAAAUGUGGAGCCGCUAAUGGAGUCGCGAUACGACUUCCCGCGGAGGGCCGGCGGCGGCAGCGGGAGCUUCGCGAACUCUUCGCCCGCUCUGGGAUCUCAGUCGCGCCGCAGGAAGAUGCCACCCAGGCCCGCUGACUUUAAGCUUCAAAUCAUCAUUAUCGGCUCCCGCGGUGUGGGUAAAACAAGCUUAAUGGAGCGGUACACCGACGACACUUUUUGUGAGGCCUGCAAGUCUACCGUAGGAGUUGAUUUCAAAAUCAAGACAGUGGAGCUGAGAGGGAAGAAGAUUCGUCUGCAGAUAUGGGACACGGCGGGCCAGGAGCGCUUCAACAGCAUCACGUCGGCCUACUAUCGCGGUGCCAAGGGAAUCGUGCUGGUGUACGACAUCACCAAGCAGGAGACCUUUGACGACCUGCCCAAGUGGAUGAAGAUGGUUGACAAGUAUGCAUCCGAGGAGGCGGAGCUCCUCCUGGUGGGGAACAAGAUGGACUGCGAGAGCGAUCGUGUCAUUGCAAGACAGCUAGGAGAGAAGUUUGCCUCUCGAAUAAGCGGCAUGCGUUUCUGUGAGGCGAGCGCCAAGGAUAACUGUAACGUGGACGAAAUCUUCCUCAAGCUGGUGGAUGACAUUCUCAGCAAGAUGCCGCUGGAGGUUUCCAACAAGGAGCUUUCUGGCAGCGUUCUUUCUCUGCAACCCGAACCUGAAGUGCCUCCAGAGUUGCCCCCUCCUCGCAUGCGCUGCUGCUGAGACGUCCCCACAACCCCUUACACAAACCCACAUCAUCCUGUAUGCGCAGUGUGCUAAACUGACCACUAGGGGUCAGCAACGGUUUAGAAGUUGUGCUUCAAGCUGCAACACAUUCAAAAGUAACACUUAGGUCGUGAUGACACCCCCUGCCAUCCUUCUCCCAGACUACCUCACUUCCCAGCUUGCUGUGUGCCCACAUGUGCCUUCGAGGUAGCGAGCCCUCCACGUUUUAGGUCCUGUCUCUUUUCUGAAUGUCCCUGGCCUUCCUGUUCUUAAUUCAGCAUCCACGCACGACAACACUCUCGUCCCGGCCCCCUGGUUUUGUACAGCGCCCAUUUAUAAUGCCAGGAGUGAGAUGUGGACUUAGUUGUUUUUUUCUUUUUUUUAAAAAAAGCACAUUUUUAUUUGUUAUUGAUGUAAAUACUGAGGUGGGGUGUGUUGCUGCACUACAUAGUAGCUGGUAGGUGGCCUUUAAAUAUAUGGUGUGUGUGGAAUGGUGUUAAACACUAUGAUCGGAACCAAGCUGACACAUAACCAGCUGCAGGAAGUUGAUGGUAACGGCAAACAAGUACAAGUAUUAUUGGACUGGUGUUUGUCUUCUGAGUUGAGCAUAUGCGUAGCUCUGUUUUGCAGAGAGUGUGAAUGACUCAGGCGACUUGCUUCAUUAUUUAAUGGAGCUGCUACUUCUGCUGCUGCUGCUGUUGUGAGGAACGUCUACUGAUUCUUUGUCUUGUUGUACAAUUUGGACCAGUGAGACGUCCCAUCCCUUGCGCAUGAAGAAAAAACAGUCUAUGCACUCCUACAAAUGUUUAAUGGUCUUAUAGCGUUUUGUUGUUUUUAGCAAUGGAUGCUUGGAUGCGGCCUGUUUUUAUGUUUUUAUUUGUUUUAUGUAAAGGUCGCACUUUUUGGGGACUGGUUUCAUACCAAAUUACCAAUGUGAGCUGCUGUAUCUCACGACAAAGUUAUCUACGGUUACGUUUUAGAACGUUUUGGCCACUAACCCCCAUGUUGUCAACAUAGCAGCGCCUUAUACUGCUUCUGUCUUUGAAAACCUUUUUUUUUUUUUUCAACCGUGUAUUCUUUAAAACGGUGUGUUUUUGCUAUUAAAAGUGUUUACAAGAUCUCUAAGGAGGUUUUGGCUUGUUACGAUUGGACUUUCUGCGCUAUUUAUAACUUGUAGCAUUGUGGAACUAAUGAAAUUAAAGAUAUCUAUAUUUAUUACCAACUUUUAUUUUGGUCUGGGUUGUUUUUGUUGCACCUGAAAAUGGAAGUUUUUACUUCCUAGGUACCUCCUGGGUUUGGAGAGGUUAGUAUUGAUAUCUGAGGAUCAUUUACUACGCUGCACAAAAAAAUAAAGGGAACACUUAAACAACACAAUGUAACUCCAGGCAUUGUAGGGAGGUCAUACAUUUUGACUUGUUUUAAGGACAUUACAUCAAAGUUGGGUCACCUGUAGUGUGUUUUUCCACUCUAAUUUUGGGUGUGACUCCAGAUCCAGACCUCCAUGGGUUAAUACAUUUGAUUUCCAUUGCUAAUUUUUGUGUGAUUUUGUUGCCAGCACAUUCAACUAUGGUUAUGGUUUGAUUUUAUUUGAACAUGCAUGCAAGUUACACUGCAGUACAUUACAUAAAACAAUUCACAGUUCCACAUGUCCAAAAGGAGUAGGAAGAACCCCAUUCGUUCCACAUCUUAUGCAGUACAUAUUAUUCACUUCCUGUAUUUCAUAUGUGAUUUUUUUAAUACAUAGAAGAAUGGUAAGGUAAUGUAACAAUAUGUAAUUAUCACGAUUUUUUUCACAAUUAAUAUAAUAAUCAGUAUAAUAAUAAAUACAGACAGGCAUAACAAAACAAGUUCAAGACUCUUCUUCCUUGUAUUUUGCAAACAUCAACUGCUUGUAUUGUUUUUUUAAUUGGCUCAUCUUGGUGCUUUGUUUUGAGUUCAAUCCGUUCCAUAGUUUAAUUCCUCAUACUGAAAUGCU